AUGGUUUUCAGUUCUCUAUUAGCCUCAAUAGGAUACCUUGAAAUCAUUAUAGCAAUCUUUUUCUUUCUUGUAUUCUGCGGUUUAGGAAAUAAUGGCCUACCAAGGAAUUAUCCAUUUCUUGGAAUGUUUCCAGGCCUUCUUCUCCUUAUACAAAAAAUCCAUGAAAAUUCUGCAAAGCUUCUACCAAGAGCUGGAGGUACUUUCUUGUUGAAAGGCCUUUGGUUUACUAACACAGAUACUCUUUACACAGUGGAUCCAGCAAAUGUGAAUUAUAUCACGAGUACAAAUUUUUCAAAUUUUCCGAAAGGGCCAGAAUUCAAGAAGAUUUUUGAUUUUUUAGGUGAUGGAAUUUUUAAUUCUGACUUUGAUUUGUGGAAGAACCAAAGGAAAUAUGUUAGAGAAUUGAUCAUUAAUCAGAGAUACCACAAGUGUUUGGUGAAAACUAUUGAUGACAAGGUCAAAGAUGGCCUGAUUCCGAUUCUUGAAUUCAUGGCUAAAGAAGACAUAAUUUUUGAUUUGCAAGAUGUUUUCAAGAGAUUUACUUUUGAUACAAUAUGUAAAUUAGUCACAGGCUUUGAUCCUGGCUGCCUCUCUCUUGAGUUCCCAGAUGUUCCCUUUCUUAAAGUCAUGGAAAAUAUUGAUCAUGUUAUAGUCAUACGCCAUUUAUUGCCAGAAAUUAUUUGGAAGCUGCAAAAAAGACUUGGAGUUGGGCCAGAAAAGAAAUUAAGCAAAGCUGUGGAAAUUGUUGACCAAGUUAUAGGUAAAUAUAUAUCGAUGAAACAUGACGAAUUGAGCAAAGGAGCAAAGACUAAGGAAGACGAUGAAGAAGAAGGUUAUGACUUACUAACAUUAUGUAUAGUCAAUGAUGGAAAAGCAAAAACAGGGUUAAAGUUUGAUAAUAAAUUCUUGAGGGAUACAAUAUUAAAUUUCUUGGUCGCUGGACGUGAUGGAGUUAACUCCUGUCUUACUUGGUUCAUUUGGUUGGUUUUCACACAUCCUGAGGUUGAAAAGAAUAUAAGGGAAGAACUCAGGGCAAUCAUCCCAGUAGGAGAAGCCGAAAAAUGGAGACUUUUUACGGUAGAAGAAUUGAAAAAUGUUGUUUAUUUACAUGCUGCAUUAUGUGAAGCAUUGAGGCUAUAUCCCCCUGUUCCAUUCCAGAUCAAGACUCCACAAGAACCUGAUAUUCUCCCAAGCGGUCACCAUGUUCAUCCCAAGAUGAGAGUGAUGUUUAAUGCGUAUGCAAUGGGAAGGAUGGAAUUCAUUUGGGGAAAGGAUGCUUCAGAUUUCAUGCCACAAAGAUGGAUAUCAGAUCGUGGAACGAUAAAACAUGAGCCAUCUUACAAGUUUUUGUCUUUCAAUGCAGGACCAAGGAAAUGUUUAGGGAAAGAAACGUCGUUCACUCAAAUGAAAGUUGUGACCGCUGCUAUCAUCCAUAAUUACCACAUUGAAAUGGUGAAAGAUCAUGAUUUUUCCCUUAAUUGCUCUGUUAUCCUCCACAUGAAACAUGGUUUUAAAGUUAGGGUUAAGAAGAGAUGGGCAUAG